CCGGCCCCGCCUCCCAGCCGCGUGGCCGUGCGUCCUGGCUGUUGCCGAUAAAGUUUGAAGCCGAGCCGGCGCGGGUCACGUGGGCGGAAGAUGGCGGCCCCGGCAGGCGGCGGAGGCUCCGCGGUGUCAGUGCUCGCCCCGAACGGGCGGCGCCAUACGGUGAAGGUGACGCCGAGCACCGUGCUGCUGCAGGUUCUGGAGGACACAUGCCGGCGGCAGGACUUCAACCCCAGUGAAUACGAUCUAAAGUUUCAGAGGAACGUGUUGGACCUCUCUCUGCAGUGGAGAUUCGCCAACCUGCCCAACAAUGCUAAGCUGGAGAUGGUGCCUGUCUCCCGGAGCCGCGAGGGGCCCAAGAACAUGGUUCGCAUCGCAGUGCAGCUGGACGAUGGCUCCAGGUUGCAGGACACUUUCUGUUCGGGCCAGACCUUCUGGGAGCUUCUUAGCCAUUUUCCACAGACCAGGGAGUGUCUGCAGCUGCCAGGUGGGGCAACCCCUGUGUGCGUGUUCAUGCGGGAUGAGGUGACUGGGGAAGCGGCGCUGCAAGCCACAACUCUGCAGUCGCUGGGCCUCACUGGGGGCAGUGCCACCAUCAGGUUUGCCAUGAAGAGCUGCCACCCUGCAGGCAAGCAGGAGCUGGGGGGCCCCAGGAGCAAAGCCCCCGGCAGCCCACCAUCCCCUGCCUCGGCCAAUAGCCCUCGGCUUACGUUGAACUCAGGGGAGCCCAGUAGAGGUGACCAGGGCUGUGUGGAUGACCCAGGAACCUCUGGGACCAGCCGCACGGGUGGCCUGGGCCCAAGGCCGGCUGACACUGAAGCGGAGCAGAGUGGGAAGACGUCCACCCCUGCCCCCUUUGUUCCUUUCUCUGGUGGGGGUCAGCGCCUGGGGGGACCUUCUGGAUCCACGAGGUCUCUGCCGGCAGCUUCAACCAAGCCACCUAAGUCCCUCUCCAGCCCUGGAGGCCCCUCCAAACCAAAGAAGUCCAAGCCUGGCCAGGAGCCCCAAAAGGAGCCAGAAUCGCCAAGCCUCUGCCCCCAGCCCGUGGACCAAGAGCCUGUGGACAGAGAGCCUGUGGUGUGCCAUCCUGACCUGGAGGAGCUGCUCCAGGCCUGGCCAGCGGAGCUUCCUGACGAGUUUUUCGAGGUGACAGUGGACGAUGUGAGAAGACGCUUGGCCCAGCUCAAGAGUGAGCGGAAGCGCCUGGAAGAAGCCCCCUUAGUGACCAAGGCCUUCCGGGAAGCUCAGAUGAAGGAGAAGCUGGAACGCUACCCGAAGGUGGUUCUGAGGGUCCUGUUCCCUGACCGCCACAUCCUGCAGGGCUUCUUCCGCCCCAGUGAGACAGUGGGGGACUUAUGGGACUUCGUAAGAAGCCACCUGGGGGACCCUGAGCUGCCGUUUCACCUGUUCAUCGCCCCUCCAAAGACUGUGCUGGACAACCAUGCGCUGACCCUCUUUCAGGCGAACCUCUUCCCUGCUGCCCUGGUGCACUUUGGAGCCGAGGAGCCCACAGGUCUCCACCUGAAUCCCAGGCUGUUGGAGCACACUGUGUCCCCAUCUACAGCUGAUGUGCUAGUGGCCAGGUGCAUGUCCAGGGCCGCUGGGUCCCCACCCCCAUUGCCAGCCCCUGACACUGCACUGCUUGAGUCCAAACCGACUGCUGAGGAGGGGGCACUGGGCCCCCUGGAGCCCAGCCCGGGCACAGCCCAGCCUGUGAGGAAGAGCCUGGGCAAGGUCCCCAAGUGGCUGAAGCUGCCAGCCAGCAAGAGGUGAGAGCUGCCAGCCCAGGUGCCCACUGUGCCGGCCAAAGGACCCCCACCCCGAGUGGGAAUAAAGACUCAUGCUUCUCCUGA